AUGUCUACCAUGCCAGCUAUCUACGGCCAUAGCGAGGCUUGUUGCAACAUUCCGCCGGUGGUCUCUUCGGGCUACAGCGCAAAGGGCUCAUACGACGAGCUCGACGGCUUCAAGACCUACGUCACGGGCCCUGGCGACGCGACCAAGGGCAUCAUCUACAUCUAUGACAUCUUUGGCUAUUUCGACCAAACUCUCCAGGGAGCCGAUAUCCUAGCCACGAGUGACCACUACAACCAGUACAAGGUCUUCAUCCCGGACUGGUUCAAGGGAGAGCCCUGCCCCAUUGAAUGGUAUCCGCCCAAUACCCCUGAAAAGCAGAAGAACCUGGGCAAUUUCUUCGCCAAGAACUCCCCUCCGAGCGUUGCCAGCAAACUGCCAGACUAUGUCAAGGCUCUCUCGGCUAAAAACCCCUCGAUCAAGUCGUGGGCUGUGCUCGGGACUUGCUGGGGCGGGAAGGUGGUGAGCCUGGUGACAUCGGGCGACUCAAACCCCUUCUCCAUUGGCGCCGAGGCCCAUCCCGCCAUGGUCGACCCCAAGGAGGCGGAGACCAUCAAGGUCCCGCUCAUUAUGCUCGCCUCGGGCGAGGAGCCCGAAGACAAGGUAAAGGAGUUCGAGGCCGCGCUCAAGGUACCGAAGCACGUUGAGAUCUUCAAGGACCAGAUUCAUGGCUGGAUGGCUGCGCGCGCUGACCUGUCCGAUAAGCGGGUCAACGAUGAAUACACCCGCGGCUACAAGACGGUGUUGGAGUUCUUCGCCAAGAACUGGCCAUGA